AUGGCUCUGGACGAGAUCAAGCCCUUCUCGGCGUUCCCGGAGACACCGAAUUUGGACCAUCUCGUGCGAUACUUAUCGACAUGGUCGGGCACAGACAAAGUGCUCAUGUCCUACCAAUAUUCGUCCAAGCUCCUGAUCUAUAUCCUCAGACGACGUCAGCUCAAGUCCCAGUCUGCAGAUAGCCUAGCCGGGCUGUCUGCGAUCGUCUCGGAUGCCCGGAUUUUGCUGCGCUUCUGGGGCUUGCUACCCAUCUUCCAAUGGCUGAGGGGACUCGAACAGACCAAGUCGCCCACUUCAGCCAGACUUCACACCAUAGAACGACUGCAAGGCUACUCCAUGCUGCUCUACUAUCCUCUCGAGCAUACCUACUACCUCGCUGCUCACAAGAUCAUCAAGAUGUCAACAGAGACGAUGAACAAGAUCGGACUCUGGUCUUGCCGCUUCUGGCUCGUCUAUGUCGUCCUGCAGCUCAGCCAUCUCUACGAGGAAUCGCGCAUCCUGACGCGACAAGUCAAAGCGAUCAGACAGCGACGAGCCAGCUCCAAGCGUGCACCCACGCAGGAGCAAGGUCAGGUACAACGCGAAGAGGACAGAGAGGUAGCACUCAAGAGCUCGGCCAUCUUCACCGAGCUCGUCAUCAACACUGGCUAUGCGCCUCUCACGCUGCACUGGUCACUCCCGCAAGGUAUCUUCACCAACGACGUCUGGGUCGGACUCUUUGGCACGAUAGCCGCACUCGGUCAGCUGAGGGCAGGAUGGAGAGCGACUGCAUAG